AUGGCAGCUCAGGAUCCAAACGCGCCGACAGACAGCAAUGGCGGUGCUCUGGUGGCUACUGCCGUUGUUAUGCUGACAUUUUCCUGGCUAUCUGUUUCUCUAAGGUCAUUUGUCCGUGCUAAGUUAACCAACGGCUUCCAAUGGGAUGACUGGUUGAUGCUUGCUGCUCAAGCUAAUUUCACCGUAUCAUGCGCGCUCAUUCUUAUGGGGGUUCGGGAUGGAUUGGGGAGGCAUAACGCAUCGCUAGACCAGCAUAGCGAGAUCGAGGCCUUGAAAUAUCAGGCGUUGGCUACGGCAACAUAUGUCCUUAACAUGUGGCUGAUCAAGCUCAGUAUUGGUAUAUUCCUGCUCCGCCUCGCUACGCAAAAACGAUACAAGUAUACUCUCUACGCGAGUAUCGUUAUCGUCAGCAUAUGGAGCAUAGUCUUGUUCUUUUGGAAUAUAUUUCAGUGCAAUCCGAUCGGUGCUCAAUGGGAUUACACGAUUCUUCAGAAGGACCCCAACGCUCGAUGUGUCUCAGCCGACGAGAUUGUUAACGCUGCUUACGCACUCAGUGUUAUGAGUAUCCUGUCCGACUGGCUAUACGCAUUGUUGCCGAUUCCUAUGUUAUGGAGUGUUAAGAUGACUACGCAAGCUAAAAUGACGGUGGUCGUGGUUUUGGGUCUGGGUGUUUUCGCAAGCAUCGCUACGCUCGUCCGACUCAAGUUUCUAGCCGAUCUCACUGAUAUGGCAGAUAUAUUGCAUGCUGGCACUGAUGCGAUGGUUUGGACAUUAAUUGAACCGGGGGUAGCUAUUGUCGCCUCAAGUCUUGUUACUAUCAGGCCCCUUCUUAGGCUAUGGAAGAUCAAGGGAUUCGGUGGCACCACUGGACAGAGUCGCCCAACGAAUCCAUUUAGCAAUAGCCAUCCGAUGUCGCGUACGAAUCGAUCGAACAAGAUGCCGGCAUUUGGGUCUACCGAUGUUACUCUCGUAGACGUAGAAACUGGUCAUUCUAAGUCCCGCUCACCAGUCGCUGGGUCACGCCGGAAGCAUGUCGAGCAAGAGUUUCCAGUCGCGAACAUCAUCCGAUUCUAUAAUGCUUCCGAGCAUACCUCGGCGCUCUCGAUCGAUCUCGGAGGCCGAUACGUUAGCCGGUAG